CUGGCGCGCUCAGUAGGACGCGUAUUAAGGAGGAGCGCUCUCGGUGACCGGUGUUACAGCUUUUAAAAGCACUUCUAAAAAAAAAUAAUCCAUCUGGGUUAUAUCAUUCUUAAUACAAUGGUUUUGUUGCGCACUUUUUUUUUAUCACUGAUGGAAUUGGACGCCCCGGUUCCGAAUCCCUCGCGUUGCACGCCAGAGACCCGUUAGGACACCGACCGUUCUCUUCGUUGGGAGUCUGAAUGGAAAACAUGUCACCGGCACAACGGCACGAGUGCCUGGACCGCGCCUCGCCCUCCGCGGAACCCGUAGGGCACAGCCGACAGCCCGAGAACAAACGGCGGGUCAGGUCAGAGAGUCAGCGGCGUCAGUCGGCCCCGUCCCUGGUCCUGUCCAAGGCCCUGAUGCGCUCCAGAACCAUCUCCAGGGAGAGCUACCAGGUGCCGGUAUGCCCGGAGACGUGUCUGCUGAUCCAGUCGUACCUGGCGUGUCCCGACCGCUCCUUCCUGCUUCACGGCCACGCCCAGCUGAAGACCGGCCUGCAGACCCAGGAGAGACACCUCUUCCUGUUCAGCGACACUCUCCUCGUCACCAAGGCCAAGGCGAUGAACCACUUCAAGCAGAAGGCCCAGGUGCGGUUGAGUGAGAUGUGGACGGGGGGUGCGAUGGAGGAGGUGUGUGAGGGCAGCACGGCCCCCGACCAGGGCUUCGUCAUGGGCUGGCCCACCUGCAACUGUGUGGCCACAUUCGGCUCCUCAGAACAAAAAGAAAAAUGGCUGUCACUCCUCAAAAGUCGAAUAAAGGAGGAGAAGGAGAGGGAGGAGCCAAAGACCAUGGCGCUCAGCGUCCACGCCAAAGGAAUCAACACCUUCGCACACACCAAAACCCUCCCGGUCAGCAAUUCAGAUUCCACCAAUGAGGUGGUCCGCCUGGCCCUUCAGCAGUUUGGGAUCGCCGGUAACGUGAAGGACUACCAGCUGUGGGCCAUCUCCAAGAGAGAAAACACGCCUUAUCCUCUAAUUGGUCACGAGUUCCCCUUCAGCAUCCAUGCGCACCACAUGCGCGACCCUCCGUCCAGGGAGGUGCUGACGUCCUGCGACAGGCAGGGGGCGCUGCUGCUGCCGGAGCUGCAGCCGCCGUCCGGGGGGAAGCAGUGUCAGUUUGUCCUGAAGCUGCGGCCCCUGGCUACCGCCCCGGGUCAGGUUGCCCUCGAGCCUUCCCAGAAGCACUUCAAGAGGCGGCGGUCCCUCAUCAACUGGGCCUUCUGGCGAGGCCCCGGCCACCAGCUCAAUGACCCCGCCUCCAACGCCGGGCCCCGGGGCGACCUUUUCGGCCAGCCGCUGAGCUCCCUGUGCCUGGAGGACGCGCUGCCGAAGCCGAUCACGGACAUGCUGUUCUUCCUGUACCACGAGGGCUCUUGGACGCGGGGGAUCUUCCGGCGGUCGGCGGGGGCCCGGGCGGUCCGGGAGUUGCGGGACUCCCUGGACGCCGGGCUGUGCGAGCUCCCCCUGACCCGGGACCACGUCUUCAUCAUCGCCGGCGUGUUCAAGGACUUUUUGCGCAACAUCCCCGGCAGCCUGCUGUGCUCGGAGCUCUACGAGGAUUGGGCGGAGGUGGUGGAGGAGGAGGAGGAGGAAGAGAAGGAGGAAGAGGAGCAGGUCAAAGCCAUACAGAGUCUGAUUGGCCGGCUGCCCGCGGCUAACGCCGUGCUACUGCGCUACGUGGCGGCGCUGCUGCACGGUAUCCAGGGCAACGCGGACCACAACCAGAUGACCAGCUUCAACCUGUCGGUGUGCAUCGCUCCCAGCAUGCUCUGGGCCCCGGGCCCCUCCAGCCCCGAGCAGGAGGGCCGAGGGGCCAAGACGGUGUGUGACCUGGUCCGGUUCAUGAUAGACCACUGCAAGCAGAUCAUGGAGACGGACCCAAGCUCUGUGUUCGGAGGACCUCCGCAACGACGCGAUGAGGAAACUCCAUCAGAAGAGUCGUGGUCGUGCCACAUGACCGACUCCUCCUACGACAGUCUGGAGAACGAGCUGGACGACGACGGCGUCAGCAGCGAGGGCUCGCCGGCCCUCUCCCGCCACCGCCACCGCCCCGUCCACCGCCGCCACCACCGCCCGCCGCGCGGCAGCCUGGACUCCGUCCUGACGCUGAGCGACCUGGACCCCGACGGCGACGCCAGGACCCCCGCCCUGGGGGACGAUGCCGCCGCCGCCGCCGCCGCCCUGGACCCCCCCUGGUCCCCCGGUCACGGCCGGCGCCGCCAGUCCGAGCCGGCCGUGGCGUACGCGGCGAAGCUGACGGUGUGCGACGCGCGGGAGGAAGAGGAGGAGCCUCAGGACCAGCGGGGGUCCGCUCCGGAACACGCCGCGCCGUCCACCCCCCCGAGGACCCCGCCCCGCUCCCCCCUCGAGACCCUCCGCGACUGGGCGGGGGGGCGCCCGGCCAGGGGCUCCCCCCCGCCCCCCAGAGAGCCCCUCCUCUGGGGGACGCUGAGGGGCAACAGCCGGGGGCUGCACCCCAACUCCUGGCUGAAGGAGGCGCGGCGGCUGUCUCUGACGCAGCAGGACCACCCCGAGACCCCGGGGGGCGACGAGGAGGAGCGGAGGCGCCCCGGGCCCCGGGGCCUUCAGUACGGCCCGGACAAGGACGGACCGGGAAAGUGGGCGGCCGCCAAGCCCCCCGCCCCCGCCCACCACCGCUCCACCGGCAGCCUCCACUUCCCCAGGACCGCCCCCGGCGCAGGAAGUGACGUCGCCGUGUCGUCGCCGCCACAGCACCUCGUGCACCAGCCCGGGGCCACUCUCUCCCUCUUCCGGCACCGGCGGUCCAGCCACGCCGUCGUCAAGGUGACGGAGCCCCCUCCGACUGAGGGGAAGCCCCGUAGGUCCUCCGAGCCGGGGCUCCCCCAGGACCCUACUCUUCUUUUUCAUCCUCAUCAGGGGGCCGAGACCCCCGCCGCCGCCGCCGCCGCCGCGGGACAGCGGCCGGGACCUCAGGGUGUGUUAAGGGAGGCGCUCCGCACGCCGGGGCUCAGGGUGUCCAAGGCGGACUGCGAGGGGGGGGACCAGACACGCCCCCGCCCCUCGGAGAACUGCGAGCCCCAGAGCGGCCAGCAGGGGGCGCCGGCCCCGGGGAGGGGGCAGGGCCAGUGGCGUCGGAGGAGGCACAGCAGCGUCAUGGCGGAGCGCGACUUCAACCAGCUGCGCUUCUCCGAGGAGUCGUACGUUUGACCUUCACGCCGUUUACCCCGAGCGAGGGCCGGCCACAACGUUGGAAGAAUUAAAUGACGCGGAGGAAACUGACCAUAGCAAACCUCGCCAAACUUCCUGUUCAGUACUUCCUGCAGCUCAAUGUGAUUUUAAACUUGAUGAAAUGAACGCAGAUGACGGAAACGCAGACGUUGUGUGCGAUUAGUCCGAAACCUCUAGUGGGUGAAGUGUUCUUUUUUAUUCACGCUAUUUGGAUUUCGGUUUUGUCGAGACCUCUGGUUUACGCUAACGGAAGUUUCGAUGACCUAUCCGAAGCGGCUCCGAGUGUAAAACAAGUUUGUAUGUAAAGAACUUCAUCUGUAAAGAAAGAACGACUUAUUUUGAUGCAUGCUACCAGAGGAACUGAUACAAGGAAGAGUGACAAGAGACGAAUCAGUUCGGUUCCCUUCAAAGGGAGUAAACAACGAUGGGGAAAUGUUUUAAAUGGAAAUAAGAACUGUGUUAAAGAACUUAAUAUAUUUCUCUUACGUGUUAUUUUCAAGAGAAUAUAGCACAGAAUCAACAAGACUUCAACUGCCGCAAUGGAAACCAAGAAAAAAACGGCCCUAGCAUUGGGAAAACAUGAAUUUGGUGUUGCAAUAUUAUUUUAUAUGUUGAACCAGCCAAACAAGCUUUCUCCACUAGAUGGCAGUCAGCUCACUUUGUUACACCGUGAGUUUUGUGUCUGAAAAUCCCCUCACUAGAAAACAAUGACUUGUUAUGCCGUUCUUUUUUAAUAACUAUGAAUAAGCUCUGGUCCCUGAUUCCCCAGGAGUUGGAAUGAUAUUGUUAACCGCUUACUGGUCUGUACGGGAGAACAUCAGUGUUAAUAUUUGUUCCUUUGGUGUGAAACUAAACCUUGAACCGAGGUCGUUGAGCAAAGAAAGACCUUCAGCUUUUUGGGAUGUCAGAAAAAAGGCUGCAACAUUAAAACUAAAGCAGAAUGCAAGCCAAAAAAAACGGACAAAAAAGUAUUCCACUAUCAGUACAGGGGAGUGGAAAACUAACGGACACUAAUUCUUGUCAUUCUUCAACGAAAACCUCCAGCUGUUACUUACCCACAGUUGGGCUUCCAAACUGUUUUCCUUAUUUUGCCUUAAAUAUGCAAAUGGAAUUUUUGUCUUUACCUAAGUGGAGUUUAUUUUGGCAGAUAACUUGAAACACAGCGGUACGCGUUUGUUAACACUGUUUGGUCCUCAUUAUGAUCACAAAUGGCAAAGGGGUGAAUUUAGACUUAAGAUGCACUUUAGAUACAGUAUUAGGGCUGUAGGCCUCUUCUUACAGCUUAGGAGAUCCCCAACAGGUACCUUUACUUUCCCUGUAGCGUAAAACGCUUAUUUUGUGUGAUUCCGAUUGAUCAAUUGCACUCGCUUACGCCUUUCAUCGUAAAAUGAUACCCUAUGAAUGUAUAGCGAUUAUUUUAAUCACUUCGGUUUAUAAAACAUGUAGAGCAAUAAAAUAUUUACGCGAGCAGGGAUUAAGAUGAAUUCUUUGCUAUUCAUGUACCUCAGCGAGUCUAAGCCAACAAAAGUGCAAUGUAGAGCUAGGUUUACUAGAAGAGUGGUACAAUCUGCAGACGUAUAGAUUAUGAGGACUUGUUUUGUGCUUACAUCCGCAAGUUAUUGGUAAAUUAAAUACAUAUUUCCACCGUGAUGACUAGGACUUACUGCAGGUUUUCUUUGGUUAGUUUCGAAGUAAGUUAGGCAUGUAGCAGUAGUCGGCAUGCCUUGACAAGGAUAUGAUGAACCACAAAAUAGUAUUUCUGCUCAGUAUUCAGUAAGGUCUGUAAGGAAGUACACAACUUACACAACUAAGUGAAUGUGAUCUAACCUGUGAAAAUGUGAACCGCUUUACUUGGGUUCUACAUCGCAACACACAACCCUUGCUUGCUUAUUUUUUUUACUUGCCAACAUUAAGUUACUUCAUCGUCAUUCCCAUUGUGACUAAAUAAAUAAUCAAGACAUA